CUUGGGUUAAAACGUAUUUUUGGAAUAGAACUGUACUGAUCAAGUCACAUUAAUCGCUAAACCGAAACCUAACAUAGCGAUUUAUUAUAAAACGGGGAUGGCCGCGUACCAGUCUGUGUUUUACAUUGUUAUGACAAACGGUACUCGGAAAACGAACGGAUAGCAGCCGUAGUGAGAUAAAAGAAAGAGAUAGAGAAGUUUGCUGAAGCGAUGAAUUUGCCAAUGCAAACAGCAAAGCUUGAAGCGUAACCUAUUUAUUAUGGCAGAAAACUAGGUUAAAAAGUUACAUGGUAAUGUAUGGCAGUGUAGAAAGGUACAGUAUAUUGUAUUAGGGUGACUGGGUAUAGUUUUACUUGAAGUCAAAGCAACAGUAGUUGUACCAAGCUAAUGUUAACGCUGUUGGGUUGCGUUGAUCAGUUUAUGCUCGCGCCCAUUUCAACUUAAACGACUCUAUAACGCUAGGUCGACAACUCGGUUUAUUAACGAACAAACGAGUGGCAUUGAGGACAAGCGUGACGACAGCAAGAGAACAAGAAAGCUCAUACUGCCCUCAUAACGCAGAAAUAAGAUGGUUUUAUAGCAUACAGAACGCGUAGGAAUGCAGUUCCACCAGGAACAGAUAAUAGGCACCAAUGAAUGGCAGGCUGUCAUAUCAUUUCCUUACAAUAUUGUGAAACGCCGGAUGUGUCGCUGAGUCAUACAAAAAACAUAGUAAACUAGCAUAACAGUUGCGCCAUAUGUGAUAGUUAAGCCAGAUUUUAAACCCGACGCGGCCGUUUUGAACCUUCAUGAGUUACGUAAAGUUUGGAUAAACGUUAAUCUUCGCUUAACCAAAGGAAAAAUUAAAUAGUAUUGAUAAGUGUUUGGCCAUUUUUUGAUAUGUUUCACCAUUCCGUAGCGUUAAGGCCUUUCUCUUGUAACCAGACCAUACUACUUAACGUUUGCAAUAUGUUUCACGAUGAGGAGUUUCCUCCCCGUAUUCUGGAUCACGUUAUGAAAAACGCGAUAAAAGGUGACGUCACAAACGUCAUUGACGUCAUAGACAAAUAUUGUUGGAGCGUGGAAAUCGCGAUGAAUGUUGGUGACGUCAAAGGAGCGAUUUUGGAUAAGUCGUUUUUGGAAGCGUCGCCGAAAAAUGUUCUGGAAAUUGGCUGCUAUUGCGGGUAUAGCGCUCUUAGAAUGAGUAGACUGCUAAAAGAAGACGCAAAGAUAUUCACCAUAGAAGCAAGUUCACAAUACGCUGAUGUUGCGCAGGAAAUUAUAUCCUUUGCAGGCAUGGAGAAAAAGGUGCAAAUUCUGCGCGGUUUGAGCGACGAAGUUUUGCCAACUAUUGCUGAAAAAUGCGGGGUUCGGACUUUUGACUUUGUUUUUAUUGACCAUGCUAAAGAGCUUUAUAAGCGGGAUCUUAUCAUGCUGGAGAAUCUUGGGUUAAUAAGGCAAGGAACGACUAUUAUGGCUGAUAACGUCAUAUUCCCAGGUUGCCCAGAUUACUUGGAGUAUGUAAGAAAUAGCCCGAAGUUUGAAUGCACAAACUACCCGUCGAAAUUGGAAUACUGCGAGAACAGAGAGGACGCGAUGGAAAAAUCAAUUUAUCUACCCGGAAAUUAAAAAGACGAACUUUAUCGUAUUCAUAUCAUAUAUAGUAUAGGGAUGGGGUAAGAUAAACUUUGUUUUUAUUUUCUUUUAUCGUCCUAUUUGGUGGUAAAUAAAAUAAAAAAAUGCUACAAAGUUCCCUUAGUAUAUACCGCAUGUGUGAGAUUCGACAUGAUGUGUAUAAAUGUUCAUUUAAAUAAAUAUAAUUCCAACUAAAA